AUGGACGUUGUCUUCGCCGCAACAGAGGCAUACAUCGGACCGAGAGCGUUGACCACAAUCGCAAGCGAAUGGGGUAUCGAGGCGGCGGCGGAGCCGGGUGGUGAAGUCGACCCUGGCUUAUUACAAUUCAAGAGGAUACAGUCGGGCGAUGCCCUCCCAGCAGAGUUGAGGCGGCAAGCACCCUGGAAGUGGAAUAUUACCACCACACACAAGAUCAUGAAGACAGACGAAUUUGGCUCCGACAAUGCCGCACCCAGCCCGCACGCGCUACAAAGCACGCCAGUACCACUGGAAGAGGCAGCACAGUCCUUCGUCCGAGCACUCAUCGGCGCAUUACACGUACACCUGGGCUCCCCGCUCGUCAAGCGCUUUUUCCGUGACCACUUCCUGAGCCGACAUCUCGACAUCAGCACAAUUUUCGAUUUCCGAAUGCCGACACGCGAUCUUUCACGGUUAUGCGCACGAGAAGGCUUCGAGCCACCGGUUGCCCGAUUGAUCUCAGAAACCGGUCGUCUGAGCAGACAUCCUGUCUUCGUGGUUGGCGUAUACAGCGGAAGGGACAAGCUAGGAGAGGGAUCAGGCAGUUCAUUAGAUGAGGCCAAGACAAGAGCAGCGGCAGCAGCAUUGAAGGCAUGGUACCUAUACAAGCCGGUCGAGGUCACCGUCCCAAGCAGCAUGGAGGGCGAAUUGGAUACGAGCAAGUGGCGGCCGAACCACAUCGACCACGGAGAGGUCAUUGUGUAA